AUGGCUAUUGAUUAUUCUAAGUGGGACAAGAUUGAACUAUCAGAUGAUUCUGAUGUCGAAGUGCAUCCUAAUGUGGACAAGAAAUCGUUCAUCAAAUGGAAACAACAGAGUAUCCAUGAGCAACGAUUCAAAAGAAAUCAAGAUAUCAAAAAUCUGGAGACACAAGUGGACAUGUAUUCUCAUCUGAACAAAAGGGUAGACAAAAUUUUGAGCAAUUUACCUGAAAGUGCUCUCGCUGACUUGUCAGCCGUUACUAUAUUCUUGAAUGCAAAUUUUGAUAAGUUAGAGAAAAGUAAAGGAAAAAAUGUCGAUCCUGAGAUUGCAACAUACAAUGAAAUGGUUGAAGAUCUUUUUGAACAAUUAGCCAAAGAUUUGUCCAAAGAGGGCAAAGACCCCAAGAACCCAUCUCUCUUAAGGGAUGCUAUUUUGAAACAUAGGGCUAAAAUUGAUUCAGUUACUGUAGAGGCUAAGAAGAAAUUAGAUGAAUUAUAUAAGGAGAAAAAUGCUUACAUUUCAUCUGACGAUUUUCAUACUGGAUUUGAUAGUAGCUUCAUGAACAAGCAAAAGGGAGAGGCUAAGCCGCUGGAAGCAGUUUCUUCAGGGGCUCUUGCAAGCACUGCGGAUUCUAAUAUUCUUAAUAAAUUGGCUAAAUCAUCAACACCACAAACUUUUAUCGAAUUUAAAGAUGAUCCUAUGAAAUUGGCCAAGGAAACUGAAGAAUUUGGUAAAAUAUCUAUUAAUGAGUACUCCAAGUCUCAGAAAUUCUUACUGGAGCAUUUACCUAUUAUUUCAGAACAACAAAAGGAUGCCUUAAUGAUGAAGGCCUUUGAGUAUCAGUUGCACGGUGAUGAUAAAAUGACUUUACAAGUCAUUCAUCAAUCUGAAUUGAUGGCUUACAUUAAGGAGAUCUACGACUUAAAGAAGAUACCAUUUUUAAAUCCGAUUGAACUAUCAAAUGUUAUUAAUAUGUUUUUCGAGAAGGUCAUCUUCAACAAGGACAAGCCAAUGGGCAAAGAGUCAUUUUUGAAAUCGGUUCAAGAAAAAUUCUUGCACGUUCAAAAACGUUCCAAAAUUUUACAGCAAGAGGAAAUGGAUGAAUCGAAUGCCGAAGGGGUGGAGACGAUCCAACUGAAAUCACUAGAUGAUUCUACAGAGUUAGAAGUAAACUUGCCUGACUUUAAUUCUAAGGAUCCUGAAGAAGUGAAAAAAGUUAAAGUUUUUAAAACUUUAAUACCGGCGAAAAUGCAAGAAGCUAUAAUGACCAAAAACUUGGAUAAUAUUAACAAAGUGUUCGAAGAUAUACCAAUCGAAGAAGCUGAGAAAAUUUUGGAAGUGUUUAACGACAUUGACAUUAUCGGAAUUAAAGCCAUUUUAGAAAACGAGAAGGAUUUCCAAAGUUUGAAAGAUCAAUACGAGCAAGACCACGAAGACGCCACUAUGGAGAAUCUGUCCUUAAGCGACCGUAAUGGUGGUGGAGAGAAGCAUGAAGAGGUCAAGGAUACUGCCGAUACAGUUGACUAA